GGGAUCGAACCGCCAACCUUCCGGUUAUAAGACGACCCGCUCUACCAACUGAGCUACUGUCGCCCCAAUUUCUGAUCAUCUUACAUUCUUGAAUUCAUAAACUUUAUGGAUUUCCUUGAAUUGUGAAGCUGCUGAUUAGACGCCACAUCACUCUUCAAGUAUUUGAUCAUUUCUACUGUCAUUAAGAUUCUGGAUUCUGAUUGGUCGGGUGCAGGAUGAGCUGGACGGUGUCGACGCAGCCACAGGGCGAGAGUGUUCCCUACGAGGACGCCGAAUGGAUGUCUGGGAUCUGCGACUGCUGCCAGGACAAGAGACAGUGCUGUUUUGCCUUCUGGUGUUGCCCUUGCUUCGCCUGUCGGACCACUAAAGAGUUUGGUCAGUGUCUCUGUCUCCCCCUGCUGGACAUCUGCGGCUGCAACCGUCCCAUCACCAUGUCCAUGAGACUGUCGGUGCGACGCCGCUACGGUAUCAGAGGCUCUCUGUGCAGAGACUGCCUGUUCUCCACCUGCUGCACGGCCUGCGUCUGGUGUCAGAUGUCCAGAGAGAUGAAGAUGAGGGAACUUCCCACCGUGCUGGGAGACAUCAUCAGCCGCUGAAAACAUUGUCUCUCGACCAUCACUUCUGUUUAUAUUCUCUAUUUAUUGGUCAAAUAUUAGUCACAAAGUUUUCUCUUCAUCAAUGUGAUGUUUAUUUAUCUCUGUUUAUGUCUGCAUUCUAUUUCAACAUUAUAUUCUGUUAAAAUCAUCAGAGUGUUUAAUAAAGUUUUUUUUCACUGUU